CUUCUUUCGCCCCAGACACCUCGACAACGAUAUUUGCUAGGGGGGAUCUCACGAACGUCUCAUCCGCUCUCCGCGUUCGCCGACAGUAGCGGCACUAGGAUCGCUCGACUACGAACACCGCUCGAAACCGCGAUCAAAGAUGGCGCAACCGGCGCAACAGGGCUUCUAUGAGCUCUACAGAGGCACAUCUAUUGGUCUCGCUCUCGCCGACACGCUGGACGAUCUGAUCAGUUCGAGGAGGAUUGAGCCGCAACUUGCUAUGCGCAUAAUGGCGAACUUCGACCAGCACAUCGCGCAAGUUCUCGGAGAGAAGGUCAAGGCACGCAUGACAUUCAAGGGACAUCUCGAUGUGUACCGGUUUUGCGACGAAGUCUGGACCUUUGUCAUUAAGGACGUCAAGUUCAAGAUGGACAACUCCCAAAUGAUGGAGGCAGAGAAGGUCAAGAUCGUGGCUUGCCAGUCCAAGGACAAAGCGCCGUAGAAAGACGAUUUCAGGUGUGAUGGCAGACGCGAAUCCUUGCAUCAAAACUGGCCUAAAUUCAGAUGGGAACAUGAAGCUCGAGUGAAAGUGAAACUUGAAGAGGAUUGCAAGGCCUUUCAUGACACAGUACAAUCCUGCAGCCUGGGAGAGGUUGCAACACGAUAUCCACGAGAACGGAAUGACAAGAAACACAAGCGUGCUUAUUGAGAGUUAACACGUCAAUGCGCGUGCUUGAGAGGGCGCAUAAAGUCGAGAGAGAGUGGCCAUUGGGAUAUGGAGGCACAGACUAAGGCUUUGGUGGUUUUAGAGGCAUGCAUGCGGUAGCAGCCAUAUCACAAGCCCAGAUUCGGAAACAGCAGACCGAACGUAGACAUGCAGCAAUGUCAAAUACGCGGAGCUUUUGAACCCAAUCUAACAACCCUCUGCCACCAUAAUUCGUCUGUAAUGUGCUUCUCAGCAACCUGAAUGAACAGUAUCGCAUCA